UGUCCUGUUACAUUAGAUAAGUUAUCAUGGUAGACAUGCGUAUAGCAGCUUUUCUUCUAUUAUUCGGCGCGAGUUUGGCAGAUGUUCUGCCAAAUGGUUGUCCUCGAGACUCAAAUGUACAUUUGUUACUGAGACACGAAACAGAUUGUACUAAAUUCUAUUCGUGUAGUAAUGGAAGACCUAUCCUGAUGUCAUGUGGGAGUGGUACCGCUUUCGAUGCUGCGCUACAGGGAUGUAAUUGGGCAAAUCAAGUUGAUUGUUCAACAACAACAAAAAUGACACCACCAUCAAUAUCAACGACGCCAGCAACAACAACAACAACCAGUGUUCCAAUAACAACUACUCCUGUAACAACAACAAGUCCAGUUACAACAACUAGCCCAGUUACAACAACAAGUCCAGUUACAACAACUAGUCCAGUUACAAUAACAACAACUCCUGCGCCCUCUACAACUUUGAGUUCUACAACAACAGAAACACCAACAACAGUAUCUCCUUCGUCUUGCCCAUAUAAUGUCAACUUAGACCAUUCAGAAGAUAAUGACUGUGACAAAUUCAAACACUGCACGGAUAAAAUAAAAUUAAUACUUAAUUGUCCUGUAAAAAGCAAUAAUUUUAAUUACUCUCUGAAUGUUGAUUAUAGCAAUACAAAACACGAGAAGAAAAAUUCAACUGAAUGUGUCUUCAAGGAUAAAAUAGAUUGUGUAGAAAACGAUCACAACUAUAUAGACAGUGGGGGGACAAACUGUAGUGGUAAUGAGACGUAUCCCCACUCUGACUGUGAUAAAUAUUACCAAUGUGAGAGUGGUCAAAUUGUUUUGAAAUCAUGUACCCCUGGUACUCAUUAUAACGAGGAUAUACGGGAUUGUGACACCAUCCAAAACGCUGGAUGUUUAAUAAAAUCGAGAAAAUCGAGAAACGUCCAGACGUUUCCGAACGGCUGUCCAAUCGGUUCAGCAACGAAACUAUUGCCACAUGAAACGGAAUGUGAUAGGUACUACCAAUGUGUUCACGGGAACAAAGUGUUGAUGCCUUGUGCUCCGGGAACGCACUUUAGUUAUAAGUUACAGCGAUGUGAUUGGCCACACGCAUCAGAAUGUGUACCUGGUGGUUCAACAACAACAACAACAACACGACCAGUUACAACACCCAGUACAACAACAACCACUCAAGAUAGUAGUGUUGAAACGUUCCCGAACGGUUGUCCCAAAGAUUAUAGAAUAGAAAGACUUUUACCUCAUGAAACACAAUGUGAUAGAUUCUAUCAAUGCGUUCACGGGAACAAAGUGUUGAUGCCGUGUGCUCCGGGAACACACUUUAGUUACAAGUUACAGAGGUGUGACUGGCCACAUUUAUCGGAAUGUUUGCAAUCAUCAACAACAACCACAACAACAACAACACCUCGGCCUACAACACCAAGUUCAACAAUAACAACAACAGACAUUAAUAAUAUUGAAACGUUCCCGAACGGUUGUCCCAAAGAUUAUAGGAUAGAGAAAUUGUUGCCACAUGAAACGCAAUGUGAUAGAUUCUACCAAUGUGUUCACGGGAACAAAGUGUUGAUGCCGUGUGCUCCGGGAACACACUUUAGUUAUAAGUUACAGAGGUGUGAUUGGCCACACUUAUCAGAAUGUGUGCCCGGUGGAUCAACAACAACUAGCACAACAACAACAACAACAUCCCGACCCGAUACAACAACAACAACAACAUCCCGUCCCGAUACAACAACAACAAUAACCUCUCGGCCCGAUACAACAACAACAACUCGACCCAUUACAACAACAGAGAAAGAUAAGAUAGAAACGUUCCCGAAUGGUUGUCCCAAAGAUUAUAGAAUAGAGAAACUCCUACCACAUGAAACUCAGUGUGAUAGAUUCUACCAAUGUGUUCACGGGAACAAAGUGUUAAUGCCGUGUGCUCCGGGAACACACUUUAGUUACAGAUUACAGAAAUGUGAUUGGCCACACAUCUCCGAAUGUGUUACUGGCGGUGGAUCAACUACAUCAACUCGCCCGGAUACAACAACUAGUUCAACAACAACAGCGCAUCCAGAAACAACAACUACUACAACAACAACAUCCCGGCCAGAUACUACAACUACUAGUACAACAACGACAUCGCAUCCUGAAACAACAACAAGUUCAACAACAACAGCGCGCCCAGAUACAACAACUAGUUCAACAACAACCGCGCAUCCAGAAACAACUACUAGUACAACAACAACCGCGCAUCCAGAAACAACAACUAGUUACACAACAACAGCGCACCCAGAUACAACAACUGGUUCAACAACAACCACGCAUCCAGAAACAACAACUGGUUCAACGACAACAGCGCAUCCUGAAACAACAACUAGUUCAACAACAACAGCUCAUCCAGAUACAACAACAACUGCGCAUCCUGAAACAACAACAACAGCACAUCCCGAUACGACUACUAGUUCAACAACAACAGCACAUCCAGAAACAACAACAACAACGCGCCCAGAUACAACAACUAGUUCAACAACAACAGCCCAUCCAGAUACAACAACUAGUUCAACAACAACCGCGCAUCCAGAAACAACAACUGGUUCAACAACAACAACAACUGCGCAUCCAGAAACAACAACUAGUUCAGCAACAACCGCGCAUCCAGAAACAACCACUAGUUCAACAACAACAGCACUUCCUGAAACAACAACUGGUUCAACAACAACAGCUUAUCCUGAAACAACAACUAGUUCAACAACUGCGCAUCCUGAAACAACAACAACAGCGCACCCCGAUACGACUACUAGUUCAACAACAACAGCACAUCCAGAAACAACAACUAGUUCAACAACAACAGCAUAUCCUGAAACAACAACAACAGCGCAUCCAGAAACAACAACUGGUUCAACAACAACAACCGCGGAUCCAGAAACAACAACUAGUUCAACAAUAACCACGCAUCCAGAAACAACCACUAGUUCAACAACAACAGCACUUCCUGAAACAACAACUGGUUCAACAACAACAGCUUAUCCUGAAACAACAACUAGUUCAACAACUGCGCAUCCUGAAACAACAACAACAGCGCAAACAACUACAUCUUCAACUACUUCACGGCCAGAUACAACAACUAGUUCAACAACUUUGCCAACAACAACUUCAGUCCCUGAAACAACACCAAUCACAACAACAACACAAAAAGACGGCGACGGUGACAUAGAAACAUUACCAAAUGGGUGUCCAAAAGAUUUCACAAUUGAUAAACUGUUACCGCACGAAACAGAGUGUGAUAGAUACUAUCAAUGCGUUCACGGUAACAAAGUGUUGAUGCCGUGUGUUCCGGGAACGUACUUCAGUUACAAGUUACAGCGUUGUGAUUGGCCACACAUAUCAGAAUGUGUUCCCGGUGGUGGAAAAACAACAACAACGACUACUGUUGCACAAACAACAACAACAACAUCAACUACUGAAAAUGAUGGUGAAACCAGUACGCAAAAACCAAUAACAACAACACGCGUUCCAACUACAACUGACUACGUUAUAACAACAGUGGAUGAUGGAGAAGCAACAACACGCAUUCCAACAACAACAGACUACGUUUCAACAACAGUAGAUGAUGUGGCUUCAACAACACGCAUUCCAACCACAACUGACUACGUUACAACAACAGUGGAUGGUGGAGAAGCAACAACACGCGUUCCAACAACAACUGAAUACGUAACAACAACAGUAGAUGAUGUUGCUUCAACAACACGCAUUCCAACAACAACAGACUACGUUUCAACAACAGUGGAUGGUGGAGAAGCAACAACACGCCUUCCAACAACAACUCAAUACGUAACAACAACAGAAAAUGAUGUUGCUUCAACAACACGCAUUCCAACAACAACAGACUACGUCUCAACAACAGAAAAUGAUGUUGCUUCAACAACACGCAUUCCAACAACAACUGAAUACGUUUCAACAACAGUAGAUGAUGUUGCUUCAACAACACGCGUUCCAACAACAACUGAAUACGUUACAACAACAGUAGACUAUGUGACUUCAACCACACGUAUUCCAACAACAACUGAAUACGUUACAACAACAGUGGAUGGUGGAGAAGAAACAACACGCAAUCCAACAACAACUGAAUACGUAACAACAACAGUAGAUGAUGUUGCUUCAACCACACGUAUUCCAACAACAACAGACUACGUUACAACAACAGUAGAUGAUGUUGCUUCAACAACACGCAUUCCAACAACAACUGAAUACGUUACAACAACAGAAGAUGAUCUUGCUUCAACCACACGUAUUCCAACAACAACAGACUACGUUACAACAACAGUGGAUAGUGGAGAAGCAACAACACGCGUUCCAACAACAACUGAAUACGUAACAACAACAGAAGAUGAUGUUGCUUCAACAACACGCGUUCCAACAACAACAGACUACGUUUCAACAACAGUGGAUGGCGGAGAAGCAACAACACGAGUUCCAACAACAACUGAAUACGUAACAACAACAGUAGAUGAUGUUGCUUCAACCACACUUAUUCCAACAACAACAGACUACGUUUCAACAACAGUGGAUGGUGGAGAAGCAACAACACGCGUUCCAACAACAACUGACUACGUUACAACAACAGUGGAUGGUGAAGAAGCAACAACACGCGUUCCUACAACAACUGACUACGUUUCAACAACAGUAGAUGAUUUGGCUUCAACAACACGCGUUCCAACAACAACAGAAUACGUAACAACAACAGUAGAUGAUGUUGCUUCAACCACACGUAUUCCAACAACAACAGACUACGUUUCAACAACAGUGGAUGGUGGAGAAGCAACAACACGCGUUCCAACAACAACUGACUACGUUACAACAACAGUGGAUGGUGAAGAAGCAACAACACGCGUUCCUACAACAACUGACUACGUUUCAACAACAGUAGAUGAUUUGGCUUCAACAACACGCGUUCCAACAACAACAGAAUACGUAACAACAACAGUAGAUGAUGUUGCUUCAACCACACGUAUUCCAACAACAACAGAUUACGUUACAACAACAGUAGACGAUGUGGCUUCAACCACACGUAUUCCAACAACAACAGACUACGUUACAACAACAGUAGACGAUGUGGCUUCAACAACACGCGUUCCAACAACAGUUGAUGAUGUUGCUUCAACAACAGUAGAUGAUGUUGCUUCAACAAUACUCGUUUCAACAACAACUGAAUACGUUACAACAACAGUGGAUAGUGAAGAAGCAACAACACGCGUUCCAACAACAACUGAAUACGUAACAACGACAGAAGAUGAUGUUGCUUCAACAACACGCGUUCCAACAACAACUGAGUACGUUACAACAACAGUAGAUGAUGUUGCUUCAACCACACGCCUUCCAACAACAACUGACUACGUUUCAACAACAGUAGAUGAUGUCGCUUCAACAACACGCGUUCCAACAACAGUAGAUGAUGUUGCUUCAACAACAGUAGAUGAUGUUGCUUCAACAACACGCGUUCCAACAACAACUGAAUACGUUACAACAACAGUGGAUAGUGGAGAAGCAACAACACGCGUUCCAACAACAACUGAAUACGUAACAACGACAGAAGAUGAUGUUCCUUCAACAACACGCGUUCCAACAACAACUGGAUACGUUACAACAACAGUAAAUGAUGUUGCUUCAACCACACGUAUUCCAACAACAACAGACUUCGUUACAACAACAGUAGAUGAUGUGGCUUCAACAACACGCAUUCCAACAACAACUGACUACGUUACAACAACAGAAGAUAAUGUUGCUUCAACAACACGCGUUCCAACAACAACUGAAUACGUUACAACAACAGUAGAUGAUGUUGCUACAACCACACGUAUUCCAACAACAACAGACUACGUUACAACAACAGUGGAUGGUGGAGAAGAAACAACACGCGUUCCAACAACAACUGAAUACGUAACAACAACAGUAGAUGAUGUUGCUUCAACAACACGCAUUCCAACAACAACUGACUACGUUUCAACAACAGUAGAUGAUGUUGCUUCAACAACACGCAUUCCAACAACAACUGAAUACGUUACAACUACAGAUGACGUCGAUGGUGGAUCGUCUACAACAAGAAUUCCGACAACUGACUCAAUUACAACAACAAUUGAUGAUGAGCAGUUGACAACUCAAGUCCCUACAACAACAGACUACAUUACAACAACACUGGACGGUGAGCAAUCAACAACACGUGUUCCUACAACAACAGGCUACAUAACAACAAUAACUGAUGGAGAAGCAUCAACAACACGCAUUCCCACUACAACAGAAUACACUGCCACAACUGUUGAUGAUAUUGUUUCAACAACACGCAUUCCAACAACAACUGAGUACACUAUGACAACAGUAGAUGAUGUGGCUUCAACAACACGCAUUCCAACAACAACUGACUACGUAACAACAACAGUAGAUGAUGUGGCUUCAACAACACGCAUUCCAACCACAACUGACUACGUUACAACAACAGUGGAUGGUGGAGAAGCAACAACACGCGUUCCAACAACAACUGAAUACGUAACAUCAACAGUAGAUGAUGUUGCUUCAACAACACGCAUUCCAACAACAACUGAAUACGUUACAACAACAGUAAAUGAUGUUGCUUCAACCACACGUAUUCCAACAACAACAGACUACGUUUCAACAACAGUGGAUGGUGGAGAAGCAACAACACGCGUUCCAACAACAACUGAAUACGUAACAACAACAGAAGAUGAUGUUGCUUCAACCACACGUAUUCCAACAACAACAGACUACGUUUCAACAACAGUGGAUGGUGGAGAAGCAACAACACGCGUUCCAACAACAACUGAAUACGUAACAACAACAGAAGAUGAUGUUGCUUCAACCACACGUAUUCCAACAACAACAGACUACGUUUCAACAACAGUGGAUGGUGGAGAAGCAACAACACGCGUUCCAACAACAACUGAAUACGUAACAACAACAGUAGAUGAUGUUGCUUCAACAACACGCAUUCCAACAACAACUGAAUACGUUACAACAACAGUAAAUGAUGUUGCUUCAACAACACGCAUUCCAACAACAACAGACUACGUUUCAACAACAGUAGAUGAUGUUGCUUCAACCACACGUAUUCCAACAACAACUGAAUACGUUACAACAACAGUGGACGGUGGAGAAGCAACAACACGCGUUCCAACAACAACUGAAUACGUAACAACAACAGUAGAUGAUGUGGCUUCAACAACACGUAUUCCAACAACAACAGACUACGUUUCAACAACAGUGGAUGGUGGAGAAGCAACAACACACUUUCCAACAACAACUGAAUACGUAACAACAACAGUAGAUGAUGUUGCUUCAACAACACGCAUUCCAACAACAACUGACUACGUUUCAACAAUAGUAAAUGAUGUUGCUUCAACAACACGCAUUCCAACAACAACAGACUACGUUACAACAACAGUAGACGAUGUGGCUUCAACAACACGCAUUCCAACAACAACUGAAUACGUUACAACAACAGUGGAUGGUGGAGAAGCAACAACACACUUUCCAACAACAACUGAAUACGUAACAACAACAGUAGAUGAUGUUGCUUCAACAACACGCAUUCCAACAACAACUGACUACGUUUCAACAACAGUAAAUGAUGUUGCUUCAACAACACGCAUUCCAACAACAACAGACUACGUUUCAACAACAGUAGAUGAUGUGGCUUCAACAACACGUAUUCCAGCCACAACUGACUACGUUACAACAACAGUGGAUGGUGGAGAAGCAACAACACACUUUCCAACAACAACUGAAUACGUAACAACAACAGUAGAUGAUGUUGCUUCAACCACACGUAUUCCAACAACAACAGACUACGUUUCAACAACAGUGGAUGGUGGAGAAGCAACAACACGCGUUCCAACAACAACUGAAUACGUAACAACAACAGUAGAUGAUGUUGCUUCAACAACACGCAUUCCAACAACAACAGACUACGUUUCAACAACAGUGGAUGGUGGAGAAGCAACAACACGCGUUCCAACAACAACUGAAUACGUAACAACAACAGAAGAUGAUGUUGCUUCAACCACACGUAUUCCAACAACAACAGACUACGUUUCAACAACAGUGGAUGGUGGAGAAGCAACAACACGCGUUCCAACAACAACUGAAUACGUAACAACAACAGUAGAUGAUGUUGCUUCAACAACACGCAUUCCAACAACAACUGAAUACGUUACAACAACAGUAAAUGAUGUUGCUUCAACAACACGCAUUCCAACAACAACAGACUACGUUUCAACAACAGUAGAUGAUGUUGCUUCAACCACACGUAUUCCAACAACAACUGAAUACGUUACAACAACAGUGGACGGUGGAGAAGCAACAACACGCGUUCCAACAACAACUGAAUACGUAACAACAACAGUAGAUGAUGUGGCUUCAACAACACGUAUUCCAACAACAACAGACUACGUUUCAACAACAGUGGAUGGUGGAGAAGCAACAACACGCGUUCCAACAACAACUGAAUACGUAACAACAACAGUAGAUGAUGUUGCUUCAACAACACGCAUUCCAACAACAACUGACUACGUUUCAACAAUAGUAAAUGAUGUUGCUUCAACAACACGCAUUCCAACAACAACAGACUACGUUACAACAACAGUAGACGAUGUGGCUUCAACAACACGCAUUCCAACAACAACUGAAUACGUUACAACAACAGUGGAUGGUGGAGAAGCAACAACACACUUUCCAACAACAACUGAAUACGUAACAACAACAGUAGAUGAUGUUGCUUCAACAACACGCAUUCCAACAACAACUGACUACGUUUCAACAACAGUAAAUGAUGUUGCUUCAACAACACGCAUUCCAACAACAACAGACUACGUUUCAACAACAGUAGAUGAUGUGGCUUCAACAACACGUAUUCCAGCCACAACUGACUACGUUACAACAACAGUGGAUGGUGGAGAAGCAACAACACGCGUUCCAACAACAACUGAAUACGUUACAACAACAGUAGAUGAUGUUGCUUCAACCACACGUGUUCCAACAACAACAGACUACGUUACAACAACAGUAGACGAUGUGGCUUCAACAACACGCAUUCCAACAACAACUGAAUACGUUACAACAACAGUGGAUGGUGGAGAAGCAACAACACACUUUCCAACAACAACUGAAUACGUAACAACAACAGUAGAUGAUGUUGCUUCAACCACACGUAUUCCAACAACAACAGACUACGUUUCAACAACAGUGGAUGGUGGAGAAGCAACAACACGCGUUCCAACAACAACUGAAUACGUAACAACAACAGUAGAUGAUGUUGCUUCAACAACACGCAUUCCAACAACAACUGACUACGUUUCAACAACAGUAAAUGAUGUUGCUUCAACAACACGCAUUCCAACAACAACAGACUACGUUUCAACAACAGUAGAUGAUGUGGCUUCAACAACACGUAUUCCAGCCACAACUGACUACGUUACAACAACAGUGGAUGGUGGAGAAGCAACAACACGCGUUCCAACAACAACUGAAUACGUAACAACAGCAGUAGAUGAUGUUGCUUCAACAACACGCAUUCCAACAACAACUGACUACGUUUCAACAACAGUAGAUGAUGUUGCUUCAACCACACGUGUUCCAACAACAACAGACUACGUUACAACAACAGUAGACGAUGUGGCUUCGACAACACGCAUUCCAACAACAACAGACUACGUUACAACAACAGUGGAUGGUGGAGAAGCAACAACACGCGUUCCAACAACAACUGAAUACGUAACAACAACAGUAGAUGAUGUUGCUUCAACAACACGCAUUCCAACAACAACUGACUACGUUUCAACAACAGUAGAUGAUGUUGCUUCAACAACACGCAUUCCAACAACAACAGACUACGUUUCAACAACAGUAGAUGAUGUGGCUUCAACAACACGUAUUCCAGCCACAACUGACUACGUUACAACAACAGUGGAUGGUGGAGAAGCAACAACACGCGUUCCAACAACAACUGAAUACGUAACAACAGCAGUAGAUGAUGUUGCUUCAACAACACGCAUUCCAACAACAACUGACUACGUUUCAACAACAGUAGAUGAUGUUGCUUCAACCACACGUGUUCCAACAACAACAGACUACGUUACAACAACAGUAGACGAUGUGGCUUCGACAACACGCAUUCCAACAACAACAGACUACGUUACAACAACAGUAGACGAUGUGGCUUCGACAACACGCAUUCCAACAACAAAAGACUACGUUUCAACAACAGUGGAUGGUGAAGAAGCAACAACACGCGUUCCAACAACAACUCAAUACGAAACAACAACAGUAGAUGAUGUGGCUUCAACAACACGUAUUCCAACAACAACUGACUACGUUUCAACAACAGUAGAUGAUGUUGCUUCAACCACACGUAUUCCAACAACAACUGAAUACGUUACAACAACAGAAAAUGAUGUUGCUUCAACCACACGUAUUCCAACAACAACAGACUACGUUACAACAACAGUAGACGAUGUGGCUUCGACAACACGCAUUCCAACAACAACAGACUACGUUUCAACAACAGUGGAUGGUGGAGAAGCAACAACACGCAUUCCAACAACAACUCAAUACGAAACAACAACAGUAGAUGAUGUUGCUUCAACCACACGCCUUCCAACAACAACUGAAUACGUUACAACAACAGUAGAUUAUGUGACUGCAACAACACGUAUUCCAACCUCAACUGACUACGUUACAACAACAGUGGAUGGUGGAGAAGCAACAACACGCCUUCCAACAACAACUGAAUACGUAACAACAACAGAAAAUGAUGUUGCUUCAACAACACGCAUUCCAACAACAACAGACUACGUUUCAACAACAAUGGAUGUUGGAGAAGCAACAACACGCGUUCCAACAACAACUGACUACGUUACAACAACAGUGGAUGGUGAAGAAGCAACAACACGCGUUCCUACAACAACUGACUACGUUUCAACAACAGUAGAUGAUUUGGCUUCAACAACACGCGUUCCAACAACAACAGAAUACGUAACAACAACAGUAGAUGAUGUUGCUUCAACCACACGUAUUCCAACAACAACAGUAGACGAUGUGGCUUCAACCACACGCAUUCCAACAACAACAGACUACGUUACAACAACAGUAGACGAUGUGGCUUCAACAACACGCGUUCCAACAACAGUAGAUGAUGUUGCUUCAACAACAGUAGAUGAUGUUGCUUCAACAACACGCGUUCCAACAACAACUGAAUACGUUACAACAACAGUGGAUAGUGGAGAAGCAACAACACGCAUUCCAACAACAACAGACUACGUUUCAACAACAGUGGAUGGUGGAGAAGCAACAACACGCCUUCCAACAACAACUGAAUACGUAACAACAACAGAAAAUGAUGUUGCUUCAACCACACGUAUUCCAACAACAACAGACUACGUUUCAACAACAGUGGAUGUUGGAGAAGCAACAACACGCGUUCCAACAACAACUGACUACGUUACAACAACAGUGGAUGGUGAAGAAGCAACAACACGCGUUCCUACAACAACUGACUACGUUUCAACAACAGUAGAUGAUUUGGCUUCAACAACACGCGUUCCAACAACAACAGAAUACGUAACAACAACAGUAGAUGAUGUUGCUUCAACCACACGUGUUCCAACAACAACUGACUUCGUUUCAACAACAAUUGAUGGUGGAGAAGCAACAACACGCAUUCCAACAACAACUGAAUACGUUUCAACAACUGUACACGAUGGAGCAUCUACAACUCGGGUUCCAACAACAACUGACUAUAGUACGACAACAGUAGAUGAUAUUGCUUCAACAACACGAGUUUCAACAACAACUGAAUACACAAAAACAACAGUCGACGAUGUUGCAACGACUACACGCGUUCCAACAACUGACUUCGUUACAACAACAGUCGAUGAUGUUGCUUCCACAACACGCGUUCCAACAACAACUGAAUACGUUACAACACCUAUCGAUGAUAUUGCAUCAACAACACGUUAUCCAACAACAACAGACUACAUAACAACAACAGAAGAUGAUGACAGUGCAGCAUCAACAACUCGCGUUCCAAUAACAACAGAGUUCGUUACAACAACAGUCAAUGAUGGAGUAUCAACAACUCGCGUUCCAACAACAACUGACUUUGUUACAACAACAGUCAAUGAGGAAGUAUCAACAACCCACGUUCCAACAACAACAGAAUUCGUUACAACAACAGACAAUGAUGAAGUAUCAACAACACGCGUUCCAACAACAACAGACUACGUUACAACAACAGUCAAUGAUGAAGUAUCAACAACACGCGUUCCAACAACAACUGAUUAUAUUACAACAACAGUGAAUGGUGGAGACCCAACAACGCGUGUUCCAACAACAACAGAAUUCGUUACAACAACAGACAAUGAUGAAGUAUCAACAACACGCGUUCCGACAACAACUGAUUAUAUUACAACAACAGUGAAUGGUGGAGACCCAACAACGCGUGUUCCAACAACAACAGACUACGUUACAACAACAAUCAAUGAUGAUGCAUCAACAACACGCAUUCCAACAACAACUGAUUAUAUUACAACAACAGUGAAUGGUGGAGACCCAACAACGCGUGUUCCAACAACAACAGACUACGUUACAACAACAGACAAUGAUGAAGUAUCAACAACACGCGUUCCAACAACAACUGAUUAUAUUACAACAACAGUGAAUGGUGGAGACCCAACAACGCGUGUUCCAACAACAACAGAGUUCGUUACAACAACAGUCAAUGAUGAAGUAUCAACAACACGCGUUCCAACAACAACUGAUUAUAUUACAACAACAGUGAAUGGUGGAGACCCAACAACGCGUGUUCCAACAACAACAGACUACGUUACAACAACAGUCAAUGAUGAAGCAUCAACAACACGCGUUCCAUCAACAACUGAUUAUAUUACAACAACAGUGAAUGGUGGAGACCCAACAACGCGUGUUCCAACAACAACAGAAUUCGUUACAACAACAGACAAUGAUGAAGUAUCAACAACACGCGUUCCAACAACAACAGAGUUCGUUACAACAACAGUCAAUGAUGAAGCAUCAACAACACGCGUUCCGACAACAACUGAUUAUAUUACAACAACAGUGAAUGGUGGAGACCCAACAACGCGUGUUCCAACAACAACAGACUACGUUACAACAACAAUCAAUGAUGAAGCAUCAACAACACGCAUUCCAACAACAACUGAUUAUAUUACAACAACAGUGAAUGGUGGAGACCCAACAACGCGUGUUCCAACAACAACAGACUACGUUACAACAACAGUCAAUGAUGAAGUAUCAACAACACGCGUUCCAACAACAACUGAUUAUAUUACAACAACAGUGAAUGGUGGAGACCCAACAACGCGUGUUCCAACAACAACAGAGUUCGUUACAACAACAGUCAAUGAUGAAGUAUCAACAACACGCGUUCCGACAACAACUGAUUAUAUUACAACAACAGUGAAUGGUGGAGACCCAACAACGCGUGUUCCAACAACAACAGACUACGUUACAACAACAAUCAAUGAUGAUGCAUCAACAACACGCAUUCCAACAACAACUGAUUAUAUUACAACAACAGUGAAUGGUGGAGACCCAACAACGCGUGUUCCAACAACAACAGAAUUCGUUACAACAACAGACAAUGAUGAAGUAUCAACAACACGCGUUCCAACAACAACAGAGUUCGUUACAACAACAGUCAAUGAUGAAGCAUCAACAACACGCGUUCCGACAACAACUGAUUAUAUUACAACAACAGUGAAUGGUGGAGACCCAACAACGCGUGUUCCAACAACAACAGACUACGUUACAACAACAAUCAAUGAUGAUGCAUCAACAACACGCAUUCCAACAACAACUGAUUAUAUUACAACAACAGUGAAUGGUGGAGACCCAACAACGCGUGUUUCAACAACAACAGACUACGUUACAACAACAGUCAAUGAUGAAGUAUCAACAACACGCAUUCCAACAACAACUGAUUAUAUUACAACAACAGUGAAUGGUGGAGACCCAACAACGCGUGUUCCAACAACAACAGAGUUCGUUACAACAACAGUCAAUGAUGAAGUAUCAACAACACGCGUUCCAACAACAACUGAUUAUAUUACAACAACAGUGAAUGGUGGAGACCCAACAACGCGUGUUCCAACAACAACAGACUACGUUACAACAACAGUCAAUGAUGAAGCAUCAACAACACGCGUUCCAACAACAACAGAGUUCGUUACAACAACAGUCAAUGAUGAAGCAUCAACAACACGCGUUCCAAUAACAACUGAUUAUAUUACAACAACAAUCAAUGAUGAAGCAUCAACAACACGCGUUCCGACAACAACUGAUUAUAUUACCACAACAGUGAAUGGUGGAGACCCAACAACGCGUGUUCCAACAACAACAGAGUUCGUUACAACAACAGUCAAUGAUGAAGUAUCAACAACACGCGUUCCAACAACAACAGACUACGUUACAACAACAGUCAAUGAUGAAGCAUCAACAACACGCGUUCCAUCAACAACUGAUUAUAUUACAACAACAGUGAAUGGUGGAGACCCAACAACGCGUGUUCCAACAACAACAGAAUUCGUUACAACAACAGACAAUGAUGAAGUAUCAACAACACGCGUUCCAACAACAACAGAGUUCGUUACAACAACAGUCAAUGAUGAAGCAUCAACAACACGCGUUCCGAUAACAACUGAUUAUAUUACAACAACAGUGAAUGGUGGAGACCCAACAACGCGUGUUCCAACAACAACAGACUACGUUACAACAACAAUCAAUGAUGAUGCAUCAACAACACGCAUUCCAACAACAACUGAUUAUAUUACAACAACAGUGAAUGGUGGAGACCCAACAACGCGUGUUCCAACAACAACAGACUACGUUACAACAACAGUCAAUGAUGAAGUAUCAACAACACGCGUUCCAACAACAACAGUCAAUGAUGAAGCAUCAACAACACGUGUUCCACCAACGACCGAUGGGUAUACUGAUGUCACAACAACAGAUGCAACAACAACUGAUCCAACAACGACGGAUAGCUAUACUACAACAGAUGCAACAACAACUGAUGCCACCACAACUGAUGCAACAACAACCGAUAGCUAUACUACAACAGAUGCAACAACUCCUGAUGGAAUAACAACUGAUCCUAUAACAACAGAUAGUUAUACAACAACUGAUGCAACGACGACGGAUAGCUAUACAACAACAGAUGCAACAACAAGAGAUGCAACCAUAACAGAUGCAACAACAACUGAUGCAACAACAACAGAUGCAACAACAACAGAUGCAACAACAACUGAUGCAACAACAACUGAUGCCACAACAACUGAUGCUACCAUAACUGAUCCAACAACUACUGAUGGAACAACAACUGAUGCUAUAACAACAGAUAGUUAUACAACAACUGAUGCAACGACGACGGAUAGCUAUACAACAACAGAUGCAACAAUAACAGAUGCAACCACAACAGAUGCAACAACAACUGAUGCAACUACAACUGAUCCAACCACAACUGAUCCAACAACGACGGAUAGCUAUACUACAACAGAUGCAACAACAACUGAUGCCACCACAACUGAUGCAACAACAACUGAUGCUACCAUAACUGAUCCAACAACUACUGAUGGAACAACAACUGAUGCUUUAACAACAGAUAGUUAUACAACAACUGAUGCAACGACGACGGAUAGCUAUACAACAACAGAUGCAACAAUAACAGAUGCAACCACAACAGAUGCAACAACAACUGAUGCAACCACAACUGAUCCAACCACAACUGAUCCAACAACGACGGAUAGCUAUACUACAACAGAUGCAACAACAACUGAUGCCACCACAACUGAUGCAACAACAACUGAUAGCUAUACUACAACAGAUGCAACAACUCCUGAUGGAAUAACAACUGAUGCUAUAACAACAGAUAGUUAUACAACAACUGAUGCAACGACGACGGAUAGCUAUACAACAACAGAUGCAACAACAACAGAUGCAACCACAACAGAUGCAACAACAACUGAUGCAACAACGACUGAUAGUUAUACAACCACAGAAGUGUUUACAACAACGCAACACUACAGUACAACAAUAUCAACAACGCAGAGCACGCCAGCGCCCGCUCUCUGUCCGCCAAAUUCGAUAGCAAUACUACCGCAUCCGAAUUAUUGCGAUAAAUAUAUCUCCUGUUUCGCGGGUGUAGAGUUUCUACUGAAUUGCUCGAGUGGUUUUGAGUUCAAUGAAGUUACGCUGACUUGUGUACCAAUAUCCGAAGACGGUUGUUUCGCAACACGAUUCAGUACAACCAAAUCAGACGUGGAACAAACAACAAAAACGGAACACACAACAACAGAAGUACCAGAUUUGGAAGUGAAGACAAUACGACAAACAACAAUCGGUGAAGACACAACAGUAACAACAGAUACUGUUGACAUCUCAACAUUUGUUCCAACAACAGACAGUAGUGCAGAUGAUACUAUAACUAACUAUCCACCCAUAUCAGUAGAAACUACUACAAUGUCAGUAGCACCGGAAGCAACUACCGCAUCCGUUAUUUGUCCACCUAAUUCGAUUGCUUCACUACCGCAUCCAUAUUAUUGUGAUAAAUAUUAUUCUUGCAUCGCUGGCGUGGCUUUCCUGUUGAAUUGUUCUAGCGGCUUCGAAUUUGAUGAAGUCACUGCGACUUGUGUACCAAUAUCCAAAAACGGUUGUUUCGCAACACGAUACAACAACGUAACAACAUCAACUGUAACAAACGAUGUAGAGAUAACUACACAAACUGAAACAAAAGAACCGACAGACGUACCCGAUUUGGAGGUUAAGACAGUCAAACAGACAACACUUGAUGAUAUAGAUGGAACAACAGAGGGUGAAAAAACAACAAAUAUAGAUACAACAAAUAAUCCAAUAGAAAGUACUACAGGCUCAUCGCCUGAAGUAACUACUGUGUCUGUUGUUUGUCCACCAAAUUCUAUAGCAGUUCUUCCACACCCCCAUUAUUGUGAUAAAUACAUAUCUUGUAUAGCUGGAAUCGCUUUUCUCUUGAAUUGUUCACAAGGCUUCGAAUUUGACAACGUUACUAAGGAAUGCGUAGCAAUAUCAGAAAAUGGUUGUUUCGCAACCAGGUAUAAUAUAACAGAGGUACCAACAACAUCAGGCAAUGAUAAUAUCGAACUAACUACUAGUCAAUCUAGUACUAUUCUAACUCCUGAAGUAUCAACCACAGCACCAAUAUGUCCUAUUGAAGUGGUAGGGAAUGUCCCCCAUCCGGUAUAUUGCAAUAUGUACUAUAAUUGCAUAGCUGGAAAUCAUUUUCUGCGAACCUGUUCGGAGGGCUUUGAAUACGAUCAUGAUAUUCAGACUUGUGUCACAAUAAGCGAUAGCGGUUGUUACGCUAAACGAAACAGCACAAUAACAACACAAAACGCCAUAGACGUCGAAGUAACAACACUCAACAUCAAAGACGAUGAAAUAACAACACAUAAAGUCAAAGAUGACGAAAUGACAACACACAACGAUAAAGACGCCGAUGUAACAACACAUAAAAAUGAAGAAACAACACCACCAAUAUGUCCUAUUAAUGUGAUAGGGAAUGUCCCCCAUCCGGUAUAUUGCAAUAAGUACUAUAAUUGCAUAGCUGGAAGUCAUUUUCUGUUGACGUGUCCGGAAGGUUUCGAGUACGAUCAAGAUGUUCGGGCUUGUGUUACAAUAAGCGAUAGCGGUUGUUACGCAAAACGACAGAAUACAACAACAACACACAAUAUCAAAGACGUUGAAGUAACAACGUAUAUCGUCAAAGAUGACGAUGUAACAACACACAAUGACAAAGACGCCGACGUAACAACACAUAAAAACGAAGAAACAACACCACCAAUAUGUCCUAUUGAAGUUGUAGGAAAUAUACCCCAUCCGGUAUAUUGCAAUAAGUACUAUAAUUGCAUAGCUGGAAAUCAUUUUCUGCGAACAUGUUCGGAGGGAUUUGAAUACGAUCACGUUCUUCAGGAAUGCGUAACAAUAACAGAAAAUGGUUGUUUCGCAACCAGAUUUAAAGUAACAGAAGAACCAUCGACGUUAGGCAAUACUAAUAUAGAACUAACGACGAUUCAGUCUAGUACUGUUCUUACUCCUAAAGUUACAACGACAGCACCAAUAUGUCCUCCUGAAAUUUACGGGAAUAUACCCCAUCCGGUAUAUUGCAAUAAGUACUAUAAUUGCAUAGCUGGAAGUCAUUUUCUGUUGACAUGUUCGGAAGGUUUUGAAUACGACCAUGAUCGUCAGACAUGUGUAACAAUAAGCGAUAGCGGUUGUUACGCAAAACAACAGAACACAACAACAACACACAACGUCAAAGAUGCCGAACUAACAACAUAUAAACUCAAAGAUGACGAAAUAACAACACACAACGUAAAAGACGCCGAAGCAACAACACAUAAUGAUAAAGAUGCUGAUGUAACGACACAUAAGAACGAAGAAACAAUAUGCCCGCCAUUAUUCUCUGGCAACAUACCGCAUCCAACUCGUUGUGAUUCUUUCUACAUCUGUGUUUCUGGUUUUCCUCUGUAUGUGAACUGUUCCUCUGGAUUUGAAUAUGAUGAGAGUGUACAGAAAUGCGUAGCCAUAUCUGAUACUGGAUGCUUCGCUAGGAACAGCUCGGCCGCUACAUCUAUACCCGUUGUGAUGACGGAAAAGCCAUUUUCCACUUCUAAAAUUGUCGAAACAACACAAAACACCAAGGAUGUAGAAACAACAACGGACAUGGAGGAGGCAUGUCCUCCACACGUGUUUGGGAACAUGCCACAUCCGACUAAAUGUGAUUCGUUCUACAUUUGUAUGGGCGGUGUUUCUAUGUUCAUGAAUUGUUCGAAUGGCUUCGAAUAUGAUCAGGCUGUUGGGCAAUGUGUGGAGAUAUCCGAAAAUGGAUGUUUCGCAAAAAGCAGCACAAAAGUUGAUGCGGUUGUACCAACUGAUAAAUCAACAACUACUACUACAACAGAGAAAACAGUAAUCUGUCCCCCCUUCGGCGGCGGUAAUGUUGCCCACCCCACCCGGUGUGACCAGUUCUACAACUGUAUCGCCGGUGUUGCCAUAUUGCUCAACUGUCAGGAGGGACACGAAUACGAUCCUGAUAUACAGUUCUGCGCACCAAUAUCAAACAACGGUUGUUUUGCCAAAAAAGGGCUCAUUCCCGUAAAUCCUACUUCUGAACGACAAUCAACUCCUAAAGCUGAAAUGACCACUCCUAGAGUAGAAGCGACAACUCCAUUGUGCCAACCGGGAUAUUUCGGGAAUAUAGCUCAUUCGGAAUUGUGCGAUUCGUUCUAUUUGUGCGCAGCCGGUACGGCUAUGCAACUGCAUUGUAGUGCUGGCUUCGAAUACGAUCAAAUUGCUGGGACGUGCGUGGCCAUAUCAGACAGCGGCUGUACAGCCAUGAAAGACCGAAAAACAUCAACAGACACAAUCAUACAGCCAGACUCACAACCAGACUCUCAAGACGCUAUCUGUGCGCCAGACGCUUUCGGCAACAUGCCACACCCAGAACGAUGUGACGCUUUCUAUUUGUGUGCGGCUGGUAAUGCGAUAGAACUGUUCUGUAGUUCUGGUUUUGAAUAUGACGCUGUGUUAAUGCAAUGUACCCGCAUAUCUGACAACGGAUGCACGGCUAUGAAGACGAAAUAA